AUGAGGAACGCAUGGUGCUCACCUGGAGAGAUCAAACUGGAAGGUCAACCACUAGAAGAAGUCACCUCCUACACAUACCUCGGAAGAAGCAUCAACAUGGAGGGAGACCUAAGACCAGACGUCGCCAGAAGAAGACGAGCGGCCUGGAUAGCACUAGGAAGCAUCAAAGAAGUCACAAAGAUACUCAAGAAUCACCAGAGAACUCAGGCACACCUCUUCGACAACACCAUCCUCUGCUACGGGACAGAGACC